CAAGAUCUUCUGACUUUUUGAAACAGUUUCUCAAUAAAUUCUGUUAACUUAAGUACAACUAAUGAGACAAUGUUUUAAUGUGACUGCCAUCUAACUAAGGAAGUGGAACUGCAAACUUGCUGAGAAUUAUUUCCCUCGGACAGGAUCAGUUCUUUCAGGUUUCCAUUAGAAAACAUUUUCUAAAUCACAUGCCAGUUGCUGACAAUGAAAGCAAAAAUAGAGGGUUAAGUACAAAAUGUCAGGUACAAUGUAAUACCUUUUUAGCAAUUUCCCAAUGCAGGCUAAUGCUGGUAAAAACACCUCCUUUAGUAAGAUGUUUUAGAAGAAAUUUUUUACAGAAAUAAAAUAAAUAAAAGUUCUGUUUCCUGACAUGGUUGUGGCUAGUGUAGCAUGUCCUGAAUUCACAUUGUUUUAGAAUAAAGUAAUGAAAAAUGUAUGCAUUAAGAUUUGGAGGCGACUGUCAUUGAGUUUGGUGUCAGAAGGGAAAUAGCUGUUAGUUCCAACACUGCCAAAGAUUAUGCAUGAAAACCAGUUUGUGCACGUUUGGCUUGUUUAUGCUUGACAGAGGGACGUCAGAUCCACUGCACUAUAAAUCCUCCCCCAUUCUUCUCACUUGUAUUACUACUGAGACUGUCUACAGACUCCAGUAUACGAAUGAAGACUACAGUGCUUCUUCAGAAAUUCUAAUUUACAGCAUCUUCACAGCCAUCCCCUGCUAUGUCAGUACUAAAUGUCUCUGGAAAAUCUGCAAUAGCACUUCUGAUAACCAUGGCUGCAGUGGAUCGCUUCAACCUGCUGUACAGAGAGAUCAGUCGUUCCUGCAGUGUUUACAUUGAGGCCCUGGCUAUAGUUGGAGCUUGGUACACAGUCAGAAAAUGCCUGACUCUUGUGUUCAACACUUACAGCAUGAUCAGACUUCAUGCUCUUCCAAAGCUGGUUGGUGAGAUUGAUAUUGUCAAGCGGUAUGGAAGAUGGGCAGUUGUCACUGGUAGCACAGAUGGUAUUGGGAAGGCAUAUGCUGAAGAACUGGCCAAGCGUGGUGUCAAUAUCAUCUUAAUCAGCCGAAGCAAAGAGAAGCUGGAGGCUGUAUCUAGAAGCAUAUCUGAAACCUAUAAAGUGGAAACAGAUUUCAUAGUAGCUGACUUCAGUAAGGGGCGUGAGGCUUACCAAGCCAUUAAGGAGGGCCUGAAAGAUAGAGAAAUUGGGAUUUUGGUGAAUAAUGUAGGACUGUUUUAUACCUACCCAGAUUAUUUUACUAACCUGUCAGAGGAUAUGCUGUGGGACAUGAUCAACGUAAAUAUUGCUUCUGCUAACAUGAUGGUGCAUAUUGUGUUGCCGGGCAUGGUAGAGAAGAGGAAAGGUGCAAUUGUGAAUGUCUCAUCUGCUUCCUGUUGUCAGCCAACACCAAUGCUAACAAUCUAUGGAGCUUCUAAAGCCUACUUGGACUAUUUCAGUAGAGCAUUGUAUUAUGAAUAUGCUUCAAAAGGAAUUUUUGUUCAGAGUUUAACCCCAUUUGUAAUUGCUACAAAAAUGGUAUCAUGCAGUAGGGUUACAUCAAAGAGAUCUUUCUUUUUUCCUUCUGCUGAAGAGUACGCAAGUCAUGCUAUUUCGACCCUUGGGUUAUCCAAAAGGACUCCUGGUUACUGGAAGCAUUCAAUAGAGUUCACACUGGGUGAACGUCUACCUGAAUGGAUCUGGGCAUGGUUUGCACAGUACUUCUGCAGAAUUAUACGCAAGGAAGCUUUAACACACAAAGCGAAAUAGGAAUAUCCAGAUGUCCAGUAUAAAGGAGUACUGGAAUCUGAUCAGAGUGCUACAAAAUGGUCAAGUGAAUCCUGGAUUUACUGUAAUUUAUCCAUAACUUGCUUAACAGUGUAACUAGUGUUACUCGUAACAAUAACCUAGACAUUUGAAGUCUGGAUCCCGCAUCUUUGUGCUAAGUAGCUUCUUCUCUGCAUUCCUCCAGGACAAAGAGUUGAUCUUGCGUAGGUUAAUCUCAGUUCACUUUGUCUCUAAGGUCUCUAUACAGGAGCAGAUAUAACUUUAAUUCUGUCAGUAAAUGACUGUCUUUUGUAUGGUGCUAAGUAAUCUUGAUUUGUAAUGUUCACAGAAUUUGAGAAUUUUCCAGCUCUGGUGAUAAUGGGCCCACUGGUCUUUUCAUGGCAGGUACUUGUAUGUUUUAAGUGCAAAUGUUGUUUUUGAAUGGGGUACUUACUAUACAUCUUAAUUUUGAUAAAGUCAUACUAAUUUGGAGGUUGUUUAAAUGACAGAAAAGGUCUUACAGAACUGCAAAGGAAUUUGAAGAUAAUGCUUUCUUCUUUCUAAGUGUGAAUGCUCUUGACCACGCUUCAAAUAUUCCUUCAGCAAUCUGAAGCAUGGCUGAAGAAUUGAAACAGAUUGUAAAAAUACAUUAGCUGAAGAAAGAUAACAAAUAAAUAGUGUUCUAAGAACAAAUGUUAGUUUCAUAUGACAAUUAAAAAAAAAAGUUACUGAA